AUCGCUUGCCAUUAGACGUAUUCGUUUCACGUGAUUAUGUGUACAAUGAGUGUGAGAAAUUCCUCCGCGUUCGAGAGGAUUUAAACUGUGACACUGGAUGGUUCGUUCUCAAUUGAAGGUUGUUGGUGUUGUUAGAGACAGAAGUUCCCUAGAUUUGGUUCCUUCAACUAGACAACAUUGUGCAUUUUGGCUUCAGUCACACGGCAGCUUGCCAACCGAGCUCUUCCGGCGGUUUAAGCGAACAGGCUAAACAGUGUAGCAGUUCAGGGAAAUUAUAAAAAAAUAAUUGGAUCGGUUAUUUUGCAGCACGUGUGUGUGAUUACUUCUCGUUAGUUUGAAGGAAUUAGAUAUGCUGAUAGAGAACUGCUGCUAGUUGGAACACUCGGAAUCGCAAGAUCAAACAUGGCGGAUGAACCGAAGACGGGAGAGGUUGUGCCCACCAAUGGCGAAGCGAAGGAUGUGGAAGGAGAAUCGAAGAAAUUGAAGUACCCACGUGCGAUUCCCUUCAUUAUCAGCAAUGAGUUCUGCGAGCGGUUCAACUACUAUGGCAUGCGAACCGUCCUUGUGCUGUAUCUGACGCGAAAGCUGGAUUACGACGAUGACACCGCCACCGUUAUGUACCACUCGUUCACGACGCUGGUGUACUUCAUGUGUGUCAUCGGCGCCAUCAUCUCCGACAGCUGGCUGGGUCGGUUCCGUACGAUCCUGUACCUUUCGGUGGUGUACGUGUGCGGAAGCACGCUGAUUGCGUUGGGAGCCAUCCCAACCUGGAAUCUCGAUGCCCGAGCCAUGACGAUCGUGGGACUGCUGCUGAUCGCAAUCGGUUCCGGAGGUAUCAAACCGUGCGUUGCCGCCUUCGGCGGGGAGCAGUUCAAGAUGCCCGAACAGGCCAAGUAUCUGGCCGUGUUCUUCUCGAUGUUCUACUUUGCGAUCAAUUUGGGUUCGUUCAUAUCGACCAUGAUUACGCCCAUUCUGCGGGAAGAUGUGAAGUGCUUCGGAGACGAUGACUGUUUUUCGCUUGCGUUUGGUGUUCCGGGAGUUCUUAUGGUGGUGUCCAUCAUUAUUUUCUUGUUCGGCAAACCACUGUAUAAGAUUACCGCCCCGGCUGGCAACAUGUUCGUGAAGGUUUCCAAAUGUAUUGCGACAGCCAUUCGAACCCGAUCGAAGGAGAAGGACGUAAAUCCUCGUGAACAUUGGUUGGAUUACUCGGAGAAGCGAUGGGGUCAGCAACUUGUCGAUGAAACAAAGAUUCUGCUGAAUGUCCUGAAGCUGUAUAUUCCUCUGCCAAUCUUCUGGGCGUUGUUCGAUCAGCAAGGCUCUCGUUGGACGUUCCAGGCCACCCGUAUGGACGGAGAUCUUGGAUUCUGGACCAUCAAACCGGAUCAGAUGCAGGUUAUCAACCCGUUGUUGAUCUUGUUCUUCAUUCCUCUGUAUGAGGUUGCGUUUUAUCCUUUACUGUCGAUGAUUGGCAUUCGUCGCCCGCUGCAAAAGCUUACGCUGGGUGGAAUUUUGGGCGGAGUUGCGUUUGUUAUUUCCACCUUUGUUGAAAUCGAACUGGAAAGCACGUAUGCCGUGUUGCCGAAGGCUGGCGAGUCCCAGAUUCGAAUAUUUAACGGGAUGAACUGUUUGUACGAUGUUCAGACGGACAUCCCAAACCAUGGCAAUUUCGUUCUCGAUGGAAUGAAAAUGUUCGAGGAGAAAUAUGUAUGGGUUGGGGGUAAGAAAUCAUUCAAGUAUACCUUUACUUCGAAAUCAAGCGGGGCUGGAUGUAGCACUCCAAUAAGUGGUCAAUUUGAAUUGGAGGAAUUUGAACAGAUUUCGUACUUUGUUAAUAAUCGCGGGGGACAGCCCAACUUGCUGCGUUAUGUGGACAACACAGAUAAAUCAUCCAAGGGAUAUCCACUAUUCCGAGUGUUGGGAAAUACUGCGAUCGAUCGGACAUUCGUUUUCAAAGAUAUUGGAAGCUCUGAAACAUCCGAUAGACAUAAGAAUAGUACGUACUUCAAUGAGAUUAUAGAGUCGUACCCAUCGAUGUACGAAAUAAGUAUCGACGGAAAGCCUGUGAUGUCAGAAUACCCGUUGCGACUGGGAGGUGUUUACGCAUUCAUAUUCUCCGAGGAUGAUGGAAAUAUCAAAGCUGACGCCAUCAUCGUAACCGAGCCCAACUCGGUCAACAUGCUUUGGUUGGUGCCACAGUACGUGGUUCUAACGCUGGGCGAGGUCAUGUACUCGAUCACCGGGUUGGAGUUCUCCUUCACCCAAGCGCCGGAGAGUAUGAAAUCCGUGCUGCAGGGCUGCUGGCAGCUCACGGUCGCCGUCGGCAAUCUGAUCGUGGUCAUCGUGGCCGAAGCGAGAAUUUUCGACGCCCAGAAGUGGGAAUUUAUGCUUUUCGCUGCUCUGAUGUUUAUCGAUAUGGGCAUAUUCGCCGUUCUGGCUUACUACUACAAACCGAUUCCGCUGAAGGAUUAUACACAGGAAUCCGAUGCUGUUACUACAAGGAAAGAUUCUGCACAAGAGAAUGACGAUCCAGCUGACGCGAGUACGACACGAAAGCGACACUUCCCUUAGAAAACCAAUAAUCGACAGAAAUGAAUGACGAUAUAGUUAAUUAUGUUUUUAUGGGUGCUGUUGUACAGCCGACAUUUUUUCCAUCGCUGAGUGUGUGGAUUAACUAUGUUACAGAUUAAAUGAGAUUUCAAAACAUGAAACUUUGUUUGAUUACCCAGCGGCGGAUGUGAUGAAAUAUACCGUGUCGUGCCCAAAUAUACCACCUCACAGUACAUGACUGGCUAAAAAACUCGAUUAUCUCUUUCCAAUUCAUCUUCGUCGGGAUUUCCACCAGCACGAUUCCUGUCUCAUACAUCACAUCAACACA